AUGGUCAAGGUCACAAAUGUGGAUGCUCCUUACUCGGGCUCCAUUCGUAUCUUGUCGCUAAAUCGGCCUAAAGCUCGAAAUGCGCUUUCAAGGGAGUUGUUGGCGCAGUUGAAUUCGGAGAUUAGUGCAGCACGCUACGAUGGCAGCAAAGGGUCCCUAAAGGCGCUCAUAAUUGCGAGUGACGUAGACAAUUGCUUUUGCGCCGGGGCUGAUCUGAAAGAGCGGCAACAGUUUACACAUGAUGAAACAAAAGUUUUCCUGUCCUACCUGCGGAGCGCCUUUAACGUUCUUGCUUCCCUCCCUAUCCCAACCAUCUCUGCAAUCGCUUCAAAUGCAUUCGGCGGCGGCCUCGAGCUUGCGCUCUGCACAAAGAUGCGAGUCUUUGGCUCCUCCGCACGCGUUGGUCUGCCUGAGACACGUCUAGGCAUAAUUCCUGGUGCGGGCGGCACCUAUCGCCUGCCCAUGAUUGUCGGGCCUCAACAUGCGCGCGAUCUUAUUUUGACCGGUCGACAGGUCAGUGGGCCUGAAGCAUACUUUCUCGGCCUCUGCGACCGCCUAGUGGAGAUUACGCCGGAAGAAGCGCAGCAAGAAGGCGUGGCUCGUCAAAAAGUACUCGACGAGGCAAUUAAGCUUGCUACCGUCAUUGCUGAGGGUGCACCACUCGCUAUCAAGGCCGCACUACAGGCCGUAGAUGGCUGGCAAGGAGCCGAGCAAAACGAAAUUGAAUGCUACGAGAAGGUUCUCACGACAGAAGACCGAGAUGAAGCCUUGAGCGCAUUCGUCAUGAAGAGAAAGCCAGUGUUCAAAGGAAAAUAA